CGUUUUAGCCAUUUUAACAGUGGUAUCGUUCGGCCUUGGUAAUAUUUCCCUCAGUUACAUCAACUUUCCGACCAUGGUCCUUUACAAGAGUAUGAAUCUGGUUCCGGUGCUGAUUGGAGACGUUUUAUUAUAUGGGAAAAGAAAAGAUGUCAACGAGGUGGUAUCUGCUAUAAUCUUAACUGUGGGUGUUGUGGGAUUUACACUAGCGGAUCCCGAGGUACCCUCUACCUUCACUACAUACGGUGUGCUGGCCAUGAUGUUAGUGAUUUGUGCAGAUAUAGGUAUAGGAAAUGUGCAACGGAGGACGUUAGAGCAGAGCAGGUACAGCAACUCCGACAUUAUGUUUUAUUCCAAUUCCAUCGGGUUUCUCGUUCUUUUGGUUGCUCUGGUACUUUCGCAAACCUUCGAACCAGCCUUCACUUUUUGCAAUAAACACGCGAUGGAGACAUAUGGUUACACUGCAUUAUCCUCACUGUUUGGUUUCCUUGGGACAAACGUUGUACAGACCAUGGUGAGAGCUCACGGUUCUUUAAUUGGUAUGACAGAUACUUGA